AUGCCCAAUGCGACAAAGGAAGCGAAGGAUGUCCGCGCAGCGGAGAGCAAGCAACUUGCAGCCGCGCGUGCGGCUGAGGAACAAUCCACGGCUGAGCUAAUGGCAUACUAUAAGAGCAGGUUGGAGGGCUUCGAGGCGGAACGAGCGGAACUUCUCUCAAGGCUUGACCAGUGUGCGGUGCAGGGCGCUGAGCUGCAUGUCCUGGAAUGGGAGGCGCGCAAGCGGGCAGAAGAAGUUCGGGAUCUUCAAAAGGCGCUCAGUGACGCACACAACUUCCUCUUCGACGAGCGCCAGCGCCUGCUGGCCCUACAAGCCGAGAACGACGACCUGCGGCUGCAGGAGAUCCAGGACCGGAAGACCAUUCAGCAGCUGCUGGCGGGGGGACCGCAUGCGGCGCAGGGGCCCCGCCAGCAGCCGGGGCAGCAGGGACGUGGGGCCGCGGCCGCCGCCUCCUCGUCCGCGGUACCGGGUCCCAGCACUGAUCACUUGCUGCUGCAGAUCGAGUCCCUGCACGCCCAGCUCAAUGAGCAGAAGCAGUUGGCUGCGGAGCGUAUCGCGGCUCUUCAGGAGGACCGGCGCAUUCGCGAGCAAGAGGAAGAGGCCCACCGGCGGGCUCUGACCCAGCAGCUGGAGGUGGCCACUGAGCGCCUGCAGCGGCUGGAGCAGCAGCUGAGGACCACGACAAAGGAUUACAUACUGGGUCGCCGCGAGCGCCAGGCCGCUGAGGAGCGGGCUCUAGAGUGCCAGGCUGCGCUGGCUCGCGAGCGGCAGUCCUUCCUGGAGCAGAGCGCCGAUCUGCGCCGGCGGGCAGCUGCGGAGCUGAGUGCCACCAAGCAGGAGGCGGAGAACAAGGUGGAGGACCUCACAAACAACCUCAGAGCGCAGCUCAAGACCCGGGAGGAGGAGCUGGUGAACCUGAGCAGCGUGCACACCACCGCCGUGGCGCAGUACGACAGGCGGGUUUCGGAGCUGGAGCUCAAGGUGGCCCGGCUGAGUGAGUCCAACCGGCAGUUAGAGCUGCGGCGGCAUCUUGACUGUGAGGGCUGGACGGCGGAUGUGAGUGCGCUGAGGAAGACGCUCACGGCGGUGGACCGCAAGCUGCAUGAGAUGAGGCUGGUGGAGCGGCUGGAGGACGACGACCGCCUGGAUGCCAUCCUGAAGCACCUGCGCAAGAAGGCACCCAAGGUGCCGCUGCCGUGCCCGCCUGGUUCCGGAGCCGCGUCAGGCCCGGGGUUGAGCGGAGGCGAGACGCAGAGUGUCAAGAGCGCUCUGGCCGAGGGCCUGCAGGACGUGCGGAGCCGGGUCAAGGACCUGGAGCUGCGGCUGGCGGACAAGCAACAACAGAUGCAGCAGCAUCAACAGCAACAGCAGCAGCGGGGCGUGAAGCCGGGCGCCAACGGCGGCGUGGCACGGGCAGCGUCGGCGACGAAGUCCAGGCGUUGA